AAAGAGAGAAACUCUAUUAGUUGCGUUUUAAAUCGUUUUGUUUAUCGUUGUUGAUAAAAUGUUUUAUGAACUUUCAGUCCGGUCAAACAAAGUUAGGAACGGGUUGAGCUUUUACUAAACGACGAGAGCUCUCACGUCAGUCGUGAUCUUGCAUUUGAUCGCGCAGCACGUGCGAAUUACUGACGAUAUUCGUGUAGACAAGUGCGAACACGUUUCUAGAUAAAUCUACAUUUAUAUAACGCAUAAUCUCAGUUGUUUGAAGAAAUGGUGGUACCGGCGGAACACGCGCUUCACGAGGCCAUUCAGGUUUCACCACUUGUAAUAUCGAACGAUGUUAGGAGACAGAUAAUCGAAAAUCGAUUAGCACCAAUGCGUUUUUCCUCGACUACUGUUAAAGAGAUACAAGAUACAUUUGUCUCAGAAAUGGACAAAGGUAUCCAUCAAGAACCGUCAUCCUUACAGAUGGAAAACACUUAUGUACCGGAACUCGUAGAUGGAACAGAGGCGGGACGUUUUUUAGCUCUAGAUCUUGGAGGGACUAAUUUUCGAAUUCUUUUAGUGGAAUUGAAUAAGGGCACAAUUGUUAGGGAGGAAGUUAAAAAUUAUCACAUCGGAUCUGAAUUAAGGGUUGGCCCGGGUCUUCGUCUGUUCGAUUAUUUAGCCGAAUGCGUCAGUGAUUUCGUUAUUGGCCAGGGUCUUCAGAAUGUCGAAGUACCUUUGGGAUUUACAUUUUCCUUCCCGAUGAUUCAACAUUCGCUCGAUGUUGGAAUUUUGGUGACAUGGACUAAAAGUUUUAAUUGUCCAGACGUUGUGAAUAAGGACGCAGUUCAAUUACUCCGAGAUGCACUUGCACGUCGAGGUGAUACCAAAGUAAGAGUCGUAGCAGUGUUGAAUGAUACUACAGGAACAUUAAUACAAGGAGCAACGUUGGAUCCCAAUACAGCUAUUGGACUCAUCCUGGGUACAGGUAGUAAUGCUUGUUACCUUGAACGAGCCGACAGGGUCGAACAUUGGGAACCAGAAAGACAUGGAGAAAGAGAAGUUGUAAUAGAUAUCGAAUGGGGUGCCUUCGGUGACAACGGUGUUUUAGACUUUAUUAAAACAGACUUCGAUCGUGAGAAUGACGCAAAUUCGCUUCUCGUAAAUUCGUUUACAUUUGAAAAAUAUAUCGGUGGAAAGUAUCUCGGUGAAAUAGUGCGUAUCGUGUUGACUAAAUUUACAAAAGAAGGACUUAUAUUUGUAAAUCAAAAUCCAUCGCUUUCUUUCUUCACACCAGGAACGCUUACCUCAGAUUUGGUAUCAUAUAUUGAACAAGACACCGUAGAUGGCAGUACUGAUAAUACAAGAGAAGUUCUAGCAAAAUAUGAUAUCAUUCCAACGGAAGAUGACAUAAACGUUGUACAAUACGUUUGCGAAGUUGUUUCUAAUCGUGCUGCGCUUCUCGUUUCUAUAUGUCUUGCGGCGUUGUUGGAACGAAUUGAUAAGAAGAAUGUGACGAUUGCGAUCGAUGGAUCUCUGUAUAAACAUCAUCCUCGAUUGGAAGGUUGGAUGAAUCAAUACAUCGCUUUGCUUGUCCCCAGUCGUAAGUUCAAAUUGAUUCACGUCGAGGAUGGGAGUGGAAAAGGUGCAGCGCUUGUUUCUGCGAUCGCGCAAAGGAUUAAAAACAGAUUAACAUAAUUAUUAUCGAUGGAGAAGUGAAUAAUAAUCACUACUCCGUCAAUACGUAAUAUUAUAUCAGUAGUGCAAGCAUUCCAUGGCAGGACAAUUUCCUGGUUGUGUUAAAAAAAAAAAAAAAGGGUAAUAGUCAAAAUGAUAUAACGUUAACUAUAUUUUCAUCAAAGUUGUUACAUUUACCAUCUUUAACUUCGUUGAGUAUCAUCUUUAGGAUUUUCGUUAGAAGACAUUCGUUCGUUCCCCAAAUCUUCGGAAAUAAACUUUCGCUCUCAUCGGCAAUUUCGAUUCGAUAAAAAUAUAUAUAUGUAUGUCAUAUAUA